CCAACUCCCCGGCCACAGCGUCGCAUCGCCUCGUCUCGUCCAGCGCCCUCGACUACCGAUAGCAAGUGUUUGGGGCUUGCAACUCCUCCCAAUCACUCCCAUCGACCUCAACAACCCCUCCGUCGCCCAUCAUGAAGCUCCAGGCCACGCAGUCGUCGCUGCUCCUCCUCCUGCUCCCCGUCCUUGCCAAUGCCCUCAACUUCCCACAGGACCCAAUUCCCGCUGUUGCGCCCCCUGACAGCAUCGAACCCGUUGUGCCCCCCAGCAGCGGCGGCAACCGACACGAUGUUCCCACCAAGGACGCGCCUGUCGACGGCAAAGAUGGAAAACCUCAUCUCGGCCCCUUCGUCGAUAGCGACGGCGUGAAGCGGACGACCGACAUGGGCGAGAAGACUCUGCCUCCCCUCUCAGGCCGCCCUGCCGAUCCAACCGUUGUCGACGGCAAGAAGAUCCCCGAGACGAACGAUGGUGUCAUGUUUGACAAGAACCGCGACCACGCCCAAGAGGGCACAACUGGACUCGAGGGCGGCAUGACCGAGAAGGCCAAGGCCAAGAAGGCUGAAGAAGUCCGUACAGGUGAAAAGGCUGUCACUCAACCCCCGCCACCAAAGGAAGCGCCCCCUUUGCCGCACAGCGAAGAGGAGAAGAUCCGAACCUCCAAGGACUACGCGGGCAAGGACAUCCCCAAGGCAGCUACUGAGAAGGAGGAUACCACGGACUUCACUGGUUUGGAUCCAGAUGACCUCCCUGACAGGCCCAAGGAACAAUCGCCCCCUAUCCACGAUUCCCCCAACAAGGACCAUCUCGACCUUAACAAGGGUAGCUCAUCCACUGGCCACGAGGAGGAGGAGGGCCUCAUCCAACCCUUCCACUCUUUCAUCCUCUCCUUCACCAUGAUCAUCUUCUCCGAGAUUGGAGACAAGACUUUCCUGGUGGCUGCUCUCAUGGCUAUGAAGCACGACCGGAUGGUUGUUUUCACCGCUGCUGGUGGCGCUCUGGUCGUCAUGACUAUCCUCUCAGCCAUCAUGGGCCACGCUGUCCCAGUCCUCAUCCCCAAACGCCUCACUAGCUUCCUUGCUGCUAUCCUAUUCUUCGUCUUUGGUGCCAAAUUGAUGCGAGAGGGACUCCAGAUGGACCCCAACGAAGGUGUCUCGGCCGAGAUGCACGAGGUCGAGCAGGAGCUCGCAGAGAAGGAAAAGGAGAUGGGACGGAAGCGAGGAGACUCCGUCGACGCCUACACCCUUGAGAUGGGACUUAACGGCAGAAGAUCAAGGACUAACAACCGAUUGGUCUCGCCUCCUCGAUCCCCCUCGCAGUCCCCUGUCCGUGGCGCUCCCGAUGGCUCAAACCCUCUUUCGAAUCUGCUUCAGGGCACGAACAACUUGCUCUCGCUGCUGCUGAGCCCGGCCUGGGUCCAAACCUUUGUCAUGACUUUCCUGGGCGAAUGGGGUGACAGAAGCCAGAUCGCCACUGUCGCUAUGGCUGCCGGUCAGGAUUACUGGUGGGUCACUCUUGGCGCCACGGUUGGACAUCUCCUCUGCACUAGCAUCGCUGUCAUUGGCGGCCGAGCCAUUGCUGGGCGUGUCAGUCUCAAAGUUGUCACUAUCGGUGGUGCCGCCUCUUUCCUCCUCUUCGGUUUCAUCUACCUCCUUGAGGCGAUGUACAGCUGAGUGGUUCCCUGAAAUGGACCCCUUAGCCAUCAAAUCAUUCCUAUGUAUAGACCGCGACUCUGCAGCUCUCACAUGAGGCACUUCAUUAGUCGCGCACCUUGCGUUUAGCCAUUUUAAUCAAGAACUCACUAUACGGCCGCUCGACGAAACCUGGAGUUUUUAUCGCACAUCAACGACAAUGCCAAUGGAGGGGAGUC